UAAUUUCCAAUUUGGGGAAGAAUGCACCUUGGAAGAGCAAACAAUGGUAGCUGUCAUGUUAUAGAACUCACAUGAAAUUGCAGAUUCAUAACACCUAUAUCCUACCUAAUAUCUCUAACCAUAUUCAAUAGUUUUGCCAUGUGUAACUCAUUUCCCACACAUUCUUAUUUUUUUCAACUCAAAUUCAUUCUUUCCCUUUUACAUCUAUAUAUUUGUGUAACCUUCAAAUCUCUGUCUCUUCCUGUCCUUUUUUUUACUCUUCCAAUAUACUUCCAUUUUUCACUUUUCCAGUUAAUAUAUGAAGAGAAACUGCUAUCUCGAUCUUCGUCUUCAUUCUUCUUCUUCUCAUACUUCAAUGAAUGGGAAGUUCAACAUCCACAGUAUUAAACUUGCAGCUAUUCUUCACAAUCAACGCCACUGCAUUUUUGACACUACAGAACUUCAGGCAAGGGCGAUUAUAUGGUUGGCAAGUCGAGAAAUGGUGAAAACCAGAAGCUUGUGUUCUGAAGCAUUAUUAGUACAUAUUCCGCCACAUCUCUCCAUCAAGAAAUCACUUCACAAUUUCCUGCAGAGGAGAAAGAAACGAAGAAGUUCUCAAAGGAACAAUGACAAAAAUUAGUCAUAUAUUUAUAUGAAUGAAUGAAUCCCUGUCCCUUCUUUGUAUCUGCUCUGGAUACUAAUAUUUCUUCAAUGAAAAAGGUCUCUUUCAACCCACCAUCA